GGGGGCACUGCUGCGGGGGGCCAGACGGCCGGCUUCCGACACUGGGCUUCGGGGCUGAUCGCCGGCGCUGCCCUCGGCGCUCGGAACGCCCGCGCCCCGCCCGUGCACGCCCGGCCGCCCGCUACUUACCCAGCGAGCAGGCAGAGCAACCUCCCCAGCAGACACAGAGAUGCAGAUCUUUGUGAAGACCCUGACUGGCAAGACCUUCACCCUCAAGGUCGAGCCCAGUGACACCAUUGAUAAUGUCAAAGCUAAAGUCCAAGACAGGGACUUUGUGGGCAAACAGCUGGAGGAUGGCUGCACUCUCUCGAACUACAAUAUUCAGAAAGAGUCCACCCUUCACUCGGUGCUUCCUCUGCAGGGUGGCAUCAUUGACCUCUCCCUCUGCCAACUUGCCCAAAAGUACAACUGCAACAAGACAGUCUGCCUCAAGGUUUGCGGCCACCUGCACCCCUGCACAAUCUAUUGCCACAAGAAGCGCGGCCACACCAACAGCUCGAGGCGAAGGGUAAAUAAGGCCCCUCUACCCCCUCCUCAGGCCCACAGGAAGGCCUUCUUCCUGAACCCGGUGGCCCUGGGGCCUCAAUAAAGUCUUCUUUUCCUUGACUGGAGAAGUGAAAAAAACAAACAAACGACAACAA